AUGGCCUCUCAACUUCUUCCUCUGGAGCUUAUUGACAAGUGUGUUGGCUCCCGUAUCUGGGUUGUCAUGAAGGGUGACAAGGAGUUCUCGGGUACCCUUCUCGGAUUCGACGACUACGUCAACAUGGUCUUGGAAGAUGUCACUGAGUUCGACUACACCGGUGCUCAGACCAAGCUUCCCAAACUUUUACUGAACGGAAACAACAUUUGCAUGUUAAUCCCCGGUGGAGAAGGCCCGACAUCUAGCUAA